AUGGGAGGGUGGUUAAAUGGAGUUUGGUCGUGGGGGAAUUUAGGGAUUAAUCCUUUGAGUUUGGUAGAUAAUAGUAUUGCUUUGGAGUUGGAGGCUUUGGGGAGUUUGUUGGAGGGAUAUGGUCCUUGUAGUAGGGAGGCCGAUGUUUUGGAGUGGAAAGCCGAUUCGGAUGGAGUAUUUUCCGUUGCUUCUUGUUAUAAUUUUUUUGCCGGUUUUCGUAUCCCUUACGGUCCGUCUAACAUUUUCGAUGGGGCUUUAAGUUUGAUAUGGAAAGUGGAAGUUUCGUUUAAAGUAAAGGCUUUUGGUUGGAGGCUCCUUGUUAAUAGACUUUCAACAAAAGAUUUGUUACUUUUAAGAGGUAUUUUAUUCUCGGAAGAGGCUUCCAAAUGUGUUUUUUGUGGGAUAGACCCGAAAAGUAUGGCUCACUCUUUCUUCGUGUGUCCGAUGGUUAAGUUGGUGUGGGAUUCCGUGGCUUGUUGGUUUGGCAAACCGUGCGGUGGGACGGUGGAGAACGUUUUGGGAUGUUUUUCGGAUUGGUUUUUCUUUUGUACAAAAAAGAAAGUUAAAGAGGGUAAAAUAGGAGUAGUUUGGUUUGCAACGGUGUGGACCCUAUGGUUGUAUAGAAAUGGGGUGUGUUUUCGUAAUGAAGUUUGGAAUGUGGAUAAUACUAUAUGGAGCAUCAAGGUUUUGGUUUGGAAGUGGGCUUUUAUUGGAGAUAUUACUCAUCCUAUUUGUGACUUCUACGAAUUCAACAAAAAUCCUUUGUUUUAUAUUUCGUAG